UCUUGCUGCUUCCGCUCAUACUUGGCUGAUCUCUAAAAAAUGUGAACAAAAAACAGUUGAUUCAUCGUCAUUCUUAACUGCUUUUUGAAACCUCUUCCCAAUUCCAGAUAAAGCUAAAGCAUUCAUUCGAGCCUCCUUCAAAUGGCGGGAACGAAACUGUUCCCUACCCAAUCCACUCACUCCCUUUCCUUUCGCCACUUUUUCGCACUCGCUCCGCCGCUUGCGGUGUCGUAUCCCACCCGUGUCCGCCUCGACUGUGCUAAACUCAGUAGGCUUCGCGUCUUAGCUAUGGCGGCUAAAAAGAGUCCGAAGCGUCUCAAGUACUCUACUCCUCGCGUUCCCAAGAUAGAUGAUUUGGUUUACGUGGAAGUCGAUCCUUCGGGAACUGAAAACUGGAAACUUGAACCUGUAAUUGAACUUUUAAACCAAGGAGCUGUUGGUGUUAUUCCUACUGAUACCGUGUAUGCUAUAGUUUGUCAUUUGAAAAGCCAUUCAGCUAUUGAACGUCUUCGAAGAAUAAAAAACAUUGAACCUUCCAAGCCACUUAGUAUUUUAUGCCGCUCUCUUCGAGACAUUGACAAUUAUACGACGGGGUUCCCUCGUGGUGAUGGCCAAGGUCAUGCGAAUAUUUUUCGAGCUGUUAAGCAUUGCUUGCCUGGGCCUUAUACUUUCAUCUUAACUGCAAGCAAAGAGUUGCCAAAACAAUGUGUGAGGUAUGGCACAACUACAGCAAAAUAUGCUGCAAGGAAAAAUGUAGGUGUUCGUAUGCCCUAUGAUGCUAUAUGUCAAGCAAUAUUAGAAAAGAUGGAUGCACCUUUAAUAUCCACAAGUGUCAAGUGGCCAAAAGAAAAUGAGUGGAUGAUAGAUCCGGUUGUGAUAGCUGAUAUAUAUGGAGCAGAGGGUCUUGAUUUUGUCGUUGAUGGUGGCAUAAGAGUUGCUGAUCCUUCUACUGUUGUUGACAUGACUAGGGCUUCUCCCAAAAUUAUACGGCUUGGAAAGGGACCCAAAUUGCACUGGAUGGCAUCAGAAGAUGAUAACGAAUCUGCUGUCUAUGCAGACGAGCUCAUUCCAUCAGCCACUUAAGAUUCUUUCUCUUUGUAAGCUUACAGCACAUGAGGCCCAUGGUUCUUUCGGAUUCAAGGUCGAAUCAGUUCACCUCCACAAAAGAGAUCAACAUCAAUGUUUAUCUAUAGUAACUGAGUUCAAGCAAAGGUAUUGUAUUUUGUAUAGCUCUUCCAACUUUCAUGUUAACUCCUAUUAUUAUUAUUGUUAUUAUUUUGACAAAAGCUCUUAUGAUUAUUGUUAGAAAGGGAUGGGUUUAUAGGAUUUGAACUUUGAUUUUAGGGUGUGCUUGGUUGGGUGAAAAAAUGGAAGGAUGGGAGAAGGGAGUGAAAAAAUGGAAAAAAAAUUUGUGUGGACUUGGUUGGGAAGAAAAGUUAGAGGAAAGAAAAUAGGAGGGAUGACCAUUUUCCAUCUUAAUGUAUAAAAAUCAAUCCUUCCAAAUUAGAAUGAUGAGAGGAAAGAAAAUGAGAGAGAUGUGCAUGCUAGUUCAAAAUUAUGUAGUUUUCAAAUGUUUUUUUUUCCUUUCAUUCUAUUUUUUAACUCUACUAAGCAAUGGAUGAAAUUUUUUUCUA